GCGACAGCGACCUGGGUGCAGCGCCUUCCUGCUGUGGGCCGGGCUCGGAGCCCCCACCCCCCAGGUCCCACCGGCCGAGCUCGAGGCUGUCCCACCGGAAACUCGAGGCCGAAUUCCAAGCCGUUGUCCUUCCUCGCGUGGGGUCGUGCGCUCCCUGCGUCUGCCCUCGGGAGCGUGUGAUCGCCGUGGCCUCGGACCAGGCGCUCCACGUAGUCCCCCAUGCCAAGUUCACGGAAAAACCUAGAGCCAGCAGGAAAAAGACCAGAUUUCCUUGGAGAAGGGACUUUGAAGAACUGGUGGGCCUGGAGAUGGGCAAGGAGAGAGAGAAAGAGGGUACAGCAGGCAUCUGGCUAGGCCUGGAGUGGAGGUGGGGCACAGACCAGGAUCCCUUACAAGUGAUCAAAUAUAGCUUCCAUGAAGUGUGAGUGUUUGCUUCAGAAUGUACGCCGAAGAUGAGGCAAGGAAAAUAGGGGUGGUUGGCUGGGUGAAGAAUACCAGCAAAGGCACUGUGACAGGCCAAGUGCAAGGCCCUGAAGAUAAAGUCAAUUCCAUGAAGUCCUGGCUGAGCAAUGUUGGAAGUCCUAGUUCUCGCAUUGAUCGCACAAACUUUUCCAAUGAAAAAACCAUCUCUAAACUUGAAUACUCUAAUUUUAAUAUUCGAUACUAAUAGGAGAAAAAUUAGAAUUGUAACACUUAUACUGCACAAAAGACACUAUGUAUUCUUAAGUCUAUAUACUACAAUGAUAGUAGCAGAGUAGGGUAAAAAAAAAGGAACUUUCUGUUCUGAAAGCUACAACAUUAUAUGUUACUAAAGUGUCUGACACUGAAAUAGUUUUACUCAAAUAUGUUUUUAACAAGCCAAAACUUAGCAUUCUAAAAUUUAAAA